GGUACGUAUCUGUCCCCCCGUCCAUGGCUUGUCGAUCAGGUCGUCUUCGCUGACCACCAACGCCUCGCUCGAUCGAGCUCGUCGUCGUCGGGAAUAAAGCCAUGCCAUGGCAAGCACAGAGGGAUAGACAGACAGCUGAUCGAUAGGUCCAGUGCACGUAAGCAGACUGCAGACAUCAUCGUCGAGCAGCCAGGGAGCACCGGUGGUGGCUCAUCGAUCGACGAUGCCGGUUCACGUGGCGCUCCUCGCCGUGCCGGCGGUGGCGGCCGGGUUCCUGCAGGCGUUCCAGUUCGCGUUCCUGCUGUGGCCCUUCAACCUGGCGCUGCCGCUCGCGCGCCACCUGCCGCGGGCGUGCAUCGCGCUCCGCGGGGUCGCGUCCUUCUACGACGCCGAGCUGCGGCGCUACGCGGGCGCCGCCGCCCGGGCCGCCGUGCCCGUGCCCGUGCCCGUGCCCGUGCAGCGGCGGAUCCAUCGGUAUGCCUCGCUCCGCGCCGUGCAGGUGCAGCAGAGGACGGACGGGGAUGCCGUCGUCGCGCACGCCAUGGUCGCGCUCGUCGACAUCUCGUACUGACGCGUGACGCCGUUGGCAUUGCGACUCCGCGCGCACUUCCGGCUGGGCGAUCAAUUCGCCGGACGAAUUGAGUAGAUCCAAAGUGAUUCCUCAGCCUUUUAGCAUGUCAUUUCCAGAGUGUAAAUAACACAGUACGUGUUCUUCUUCCCUACCUUCGUCAGCUGAGGUGUCUAGAUUGCUUCUUCACCGUGGACCUGUUGCGAGCUUCAGUGAAUUGUACAAGGCCGGAAUUCGAGUGCUUGAUUUUUGCCGCACUUGAAGUCGUCACUA